GGUGACUCCAACAAUUACCUCAAACCUCGCAAUUCUACCAUAACAUCAGUCUUCGACUCAUCAAUCGUCAAACUAUACAAAGCAUGUCUAUCUUGUCAUAUCUCCUUCUAAUUACCAUAAUUUCCUCGCCCCAAACCAACCCGCUUGGAAAAGACAGCUCGCAUUCUCUAUACCAAAACUCCCCAUCUCGCAUCUCUGACCCAUCGAAAUUACAACCAUGAAUUCCCUCACCAACGACCCCUCAAUCUUCGACGGCGUCCACGAGAUCCUCGCAUGCCACAACCACCCUUUCAUCCUCGUCGGCCCCAGAGCUGUCCGCUGGAUGGGAAUCAACGCACCCCUCGAUCCAGCCUGCGACAUUGUGCUGCGCAAGAACCAAUUCAUUCGCAUCGUCACCCACCUCGCCAACCACAAAGACUGGAAAAUCACAGAUAUGCGUCACGAAGACCCAAAUCUAGGAUACAGCUUCCGCCACGAUCCCAUUUUCGCCGAAGCAGAUGCACUUCUCGAGCGCAAGUGUUGGACUGACGACGGUGUCAAUGCCAGAUAUUUGCGCAUCUGGUCUGAUGAGACGUUACAUCUGAACAUAAGGUCUAGAUCCCAACUCGUGAGGGUUCCUGAUAUUCACACACGCAAACCAGUGCUUGUGGAAAUGGAUCAUCAUCCUUGCAGACAUAGGGAUGAUGAUGUUUGGUUUGGUCCCGAUACGAUGAAUAUGGCCAUGGAAUCAUCGCCAUUGCCUUUCAAUUUGCCACGACGCGGACUACCUUAUCGCAACUAUAGGGUCUAUAUCCCCACUAUACCGGCUUAUUGGGAUGCCCUGGUUGCUCAGAAAGAGCAGGAUGAUAAGAGAGGACUCAGAAAAUCGGCAUCGAGACAGAUGAAUUUGCUGUUUAGGUAUCUCUUGCGCGAUCUUUGGAACGCCAUGAAAGAAGCAGAGAGCGAUCAGGAGGUUUCCGGCGAAGAAUCGGCAAAAGUGGCGGUCUGACGUUUGAGAUGUCUAGAUAUGUCGUGGAUGGAAAGGAUGUUUGAGGAAGUCUGAAUGUAGCAUCAUGAGUUGCCACAACCGUAUUCGAAUAGCAUGUAGUAACGUCGACGUAGCUGCAGAGGAAUUGGACCGGUACUAAACUCAUGCUCCACUUCGAGGGUCCCAAAGUAGCUGUAGAAAGACAGGAUGCUUCCA